UUUAUCUAAAAAUGCAAAUAACAAUAAAAUGGGAUAUUGAGAAAUUCCAUAGACUACUUCAAAUCAAGUCCUUAAAAUCUUCUCUUCUCAACUACAUUGAAGUCAUGUGAUGAACAUUGGACUUCACGCGGUUUAUGAAGAAUUUUGCCGCGAGAUGGAGAGUUUUUGUCCGGAAUGCUUGCGUUCCGGCUUUUCAGUACCUUUAUUGAAAGUUAAGUCAUCUGCUGGUUCAAUAAAUGGAAUCUGCUCCUCAAACAAGUGUUCAUACCCAUUUUCAGUGUACUCUGAUCUGCAGUUAUCACUUUGUAGAGGUGUAGAUGACCGUGCAUCAGAAGAAUCUCAAACGGUCCGUGGUUUCCUUGAUGAACUGUUUGGUAUGGAUGUCAAAAAUGGAGACGAUGGAAGUUCGUUCAAAGGUGUUGACUCCUCUCACCUGUACAGUGAUUGUGUGCCUACAAGUUCAUCUGGUAGUUUCGAUUUGAUUCAACAAGAUGUUUGCGACAGUUCUCCGGUUGACAAUCUCUUCCAAAACAAUUAUAUGCUUCCAAGAUACUUAGCAGAUGAUAUGAAAAGAAUUAUAAGUGAAGAUUUAUCCUAUUCAAAACGUCCACAGUUCCAAACUACGAGCAAUCCCCACAUGUCUGAAAAGUUCAAUCGGAGUAGUGACAGCGGAAUUUCAAUCUCUUCGCGGUCUUCUAAACCAUCUACUCUUAGCUACAGCGAACAUGUCGCCCAGCGGAUGUCAAACCAAAGCGAUGCUAUUUCAACCUCUAAAUCAGUUUCUAUAUCUUCUUUCCCACUCGACAAAACAAAGAAUAUGGCCCAUUUUGAUCGGUUGGUUAAACUUCAAGAAGAACGAAUGCAGCUCCACUAAUGUGUAUAUUCAUCCCACCCUCAAAGAUGCUUCGAACUUCUUUUAUUUAAACCUACAAAUCAGUUUGUCGAUACAAACCUUUAUGUACAGGCUGUUUGACUUUUUUCCAAAGUCAUCCAAAUAAAUUAUGCCUCUCUUCGAGACUUUUCAGUAUGCCUGGAUUUCUCACGUACUUUACUUGUGGAUCUUAUUAGUGUUAAAAACCCUGCAUUUUUCUUUCAACAACCCGUUAUCAUUAUCAGUACUUCGACAUAGUCAUCUGCCUUAGUCAUUUGAUGACUCAUCAGCUGAUGAGCGAAGUGUAAGAAUAAUAUUUCAGAGGUCCAUUUCCACAGCACUACGAAUAAACGACCUAUAUACGAUAUAAUCGUUUUCCUUCAAUACACAUCAUUGUACUAUGUUUAAGACAGUAUAUUUGAAUAAUGCUGUUCUAUGGAUCAUCUUUCUGUUGACGACCAAAACCUGACUGG